AUGUCAGACAGCGCCCCUAUCGACUACAACAGCACACUGAUGGACAUAGUGAACAAGAACGCCAUUCAGCCUGAAAACAAUGAGCAAAGUCUCAUAGAGAGUUUGCAGAGUGUUGUUGAGAAGCAGAUAAAGCAGCUUGAGGGGAAGUAACAAACUUAUUGAGAAAGCAGAGCAAAAGUUCCUUCAAUUAGGUGAACUAGCCAGAGAGGAAAGAAAUAAGAAUCUCUCAUUACUUCAGAAACAAAAUCUCCUUGAAACAGAUCUACAGAGAAUUACUGCUGAAAGGGAUGAAAACAUAGAGACACUCAAGCAAUUCAAGGAGAUUAACCAGGACAUGACUAAGGCACAUGAAACCAUCCGCAAGCUUAAGAAUGAAAACAAAGAACUUGUUGUAACGAAGUACAAUCUUGACCUCAAGAAGAAAGAACUUGAGAAUGCGAAUAUAGAACUUAAUGUAGCAGAGAGUGAGAAGGGUCGUCUCAAAAAGGAACUGGAUGACUUGGAUGAAACCUGCAGAGAGGCUAAAAGAGCCCUCGAAAAGCUCCAACUUGCUCAUCAACAGACUGAAGAAGAAAUCAAAACUCUUAAAAUAGAGAACAACAAGCUUUUAGACAACAAACUUGAUCUUGAGAAUGAACGGGACUCCUUGAAGCACAAUCUUGAAGUACGUGAUGCAGAGCUGAAUCAGACUAAAUAACGAACUUAAAUCCCUCAAAGACUCAUAUAAUUCCUUAAAAGAGAAACAUAAUGACCUCAAAUCAGACUACUCAUCACUUCAGGGAGAGAACGAGUCUUUAUUAGAGAAGGUUAAAGAUCUUGAGGAGUCACAAAAAACUCUGAAAGCCACUAUGGAUGAAAAAUAACAAGGAAAUUUCAAACUCAGGAGACAGGUUCAAGCAACUACAGAAGUCAAUCCUAGAUGAGAACAGAGGGCUUAAAGAGCAGACUAGUAUCAAAGAGAGGAAAUCAACCGUCUGAAAUCCACUUUUGGUGAUGACAUGAAUCAGCUUGAGAAAAUCAAAGCUGGGUAUGAAGAAGAGAUUAAUGACCUCAAUAAUCGUCUUACAGAGUAUCUUAAUAACUACAAUAAAAUUGAACUUACUCUUGAGAAAUAUAAAAGGGAUUUAAAAGAUGCAGAACUCCAGUUCAAAUUCGAGCUUGAGAACCAACAAAACAAAUUUGAAGAAGAGAUGCUUGAAAAAGAUACACAAAUGAAGGAACUUGGACAAGAUCUGGCUGAACGUCAUAUGAUUAUAAAAGAGAUGAAGAGUCUUUACUCUGAUUAAGGUUUUAGAAUUUCGUUAAAGCUCUCAUUAUAAUUUCUUUUUCAA